AAGUCUCAUAAAGAUUAUUGAAGAAAAAAAGAAUAACAAAUAGCUACACGAAUAUUUAAAUUACCGCUUUUAUCCGAGUUUGGAGAACGAAUAGUUACGAUUUUUACAACAUGAUACUUCGGAUUGGUUUGAUUUCGGUUUUGUCGGCCUUAUUUGGAUUUGUAAGCUGUUAUGUUGGAAGCCCAAUCGACAUGUCGUGUGAAAAUGGAGUGUGUUUAAGGAAAGAUGAUCAAGGACCGUGUGUUGUUACCGACGACGAACAACGCCUUUUCAGAUGGGAUCCAGUCAAGAAAGGUCACGUGAGAGAGUUAGAACUGGAACCUGGUAAAAAAUACAAGAUGAUAACACUGGCGUCUAAACCGCCAAUAUUUGAGCUUCCCGAUUUUUUGAACGACGAUGAAUCUACGCGGAUUAUCGACCUAGCUGAAAUGUUUGGUCUGGAGAACAGCUACAUGCACUCAGAUGAGUUUCAGGAGCAGCACAAGAAAGACGUGAAAGGACAUGCAAUUGGAGCUGCCGGGAUAUAUCUAAGCUGGGACAAAAAUCAAGACAAGGAGAUUACAAAAGAUGAGGUUAUUCACUUCUCAAAGAAGUAUAAAUUCCUUUACAUGAGUCUACAAGAAGUCGAUGAAAUGAUAAAUAAACUGAAGAUCAAAGCAUUUGAUGAUGGCAAGGUGACCUUCCAGGAGUUUCGUAAACUCCCAACAGCCGCCAUGGAUGAUUACAUGAACAAGCUGAAAGAAUCCUCACCAAUUCACAGAGAAAGGAACAGCAACCAAACCUGGCUACAUCAGGGAAAGUUUGCUGAUAAAGUCAUGCAAACGUUGCGAGCGAGAAUAAAGAAAUUAACCAAGUUAUCUGAUCGCAUUAUUCGUGGCAGCGAACCUCUACAAGUUGUCAAGUACGAUCCGACUGGACAUUACAAUGUGCACCAUGACGCACAACCAAUCGCCAGCCAUUCACACCUAAAAUGCUGCCAUCAAAACGUCACCAAGUUGCCCGCCUGCAGGCUGUGCAGGUACAUCACCAUAUUAUAUUACUUGAAUGACGUUGAAGAAGGAGGGGAAACUGCUUUUCCAGUCGCUGACAAUGAAACAUUCGAUCAAAAGUUGUAUAUAAAAACCAUGAACGAAGACAAAUUCAACCUAAUGGAAUUCUGUCAUGAUGGCAAACUAGUCGUCACACCCAAGCGAGGCAAGGCGAUCAUGUGGUACAAUCACUUUGUAGACGAAGAGACGGGCUGGCUCGGGGAGAGGGACGACUACACUCUGCACGGGGGGUGUGGGGUGAAGAGAGGUUUCAAAUGGAUUGCCAAUAAUUGGAUUACAGCCCCGGAUGCAUCUCUUGCGCAUAUCAGAAGUAAUUUUGAAAUCAAAGAAGAAGAAGGCGUAGUUUCAUAAAAAAUUAGCUGACAUAAAUAGAUGAAUAAAAUAAGGGUUUAAGCUAUAGAGCUAGCAGAACUCAUUUCUGAUCAUUGCUAGCGUUAUUUGACUACCAGACGAAGUCAUUUGUAGCUAGCUCAUGUAACUUUAUAGCGUACUGACCAAUAGAUCAACUUAAUACAUUUUUCUAUUUUUCUAAUAUUUUUAAAUUCAAAAAAUAAUUGUUGAUGAAAUGCGAAAUGUCACAAUCGUUGUGAUCUGCAUUAAUCUUUUUUCACGUUUUUGAACAGAAUUGUGUGUGUUGACCAUAACCAAGUUCUGAAACAAGGAAUAGCUUGCAAUAAAGUAAUGACAGUUUAGAAAUAUACAUAUUUAAAUUAGAUAAACUUGUUUCUUUAAGCAUGUGUACUUCUGUUUGCUUGUGUAUUUCUUCCUCUUAUUGAUUCUCCGCUGACAGUAAUGAGAGAUACAUUUUCACCAAAAGCGAUUACAGAACUAUGCAAUAACCCUAACAAAGCUGAAAGGAGAAUUAUCAGAAACCAUCGAAAAUCUCGAAAACGCUCUUUAUUCAACUGGUCUUAAGAGAUUUUGAUUUUUCAAGCCUUUGAUUGGUACAGCUAGCUUGUGGACCCAACCUUUCCUCUGAUUGGUUAUCGCAACAAUAAAGUCAGACUGGGUAUAGCGGGCAUGAAUUCUACACUGAAUGCGGCUUUAUUUAAAAAGUCAGAAGACCAUCCAGACGAAAGUAAAAACUACAACUCUCUCGUAACUGGUGCUGCCCGUAUGAUCAAAAGAUAGAAGCCCGGGAAUCAAAGGACAUUAGGUGUUCUGGUAAACAAUUUGAAAGGUAUAAAUAAUUAAUAAAACUAAAGCAACCUUCCAGCUACAUGUGCGACUCCCAUCGAACAACACGGAUCGAUUAAACUUUUGAGAGGACUUUGAAGUGGUCUUAGUUUACAAAUAUGAUCAGAGUAAUAUUACCAUUGCGAUUUUCUGUGGAGAAAAGAAAGUUGCUGUUUUUCUUCGCUAUUAUUACGAUCACUUUGUCGCAGCCUGCGCGAGGCAACGCACCGAAAAGACUCGACAAAUCUUGUGAAAAUGGUGUUUGUUUCAGAGAAGAAGAUCAAGGACCAUGUACUUCAAAUGACGAUGAGCCGAGGCUCUAUAGGUGGGAACCUAUUAAGGUACAUUUUCUGAGAGAAUUUAUAAGUGAUUUUCUUUGGUUAAAACGACAAAAGUGUCAGGAUUGAAGGAUGUAACUGGCAUAGUAAGCUGAUAUAUUUUAGUUUCUAGAGAUCGCACUCUAAACUGUAAAGCCUACACUUGAGUUAUUUUAGCGUUUUUUCCUACCUAAGAGCUUCAUUUCAUUAUUUACAUCUUAUAUCUUCAGUCUUAAACCAACUUACUCUUAAAGCUUGCUGCCAUGCAACAUUAAACAGCGACACCAUUUUGACUUACCAAACGGAAUCGAAAUCAAAAUGUAAAGCACGUGGUUACCUGUUGAAAUAACAAAAGAAACUUUCAACAAAUGAUAAGUGAAACCCGUAACUUACGCAAUAUCAAAGGCUGUACUCCACUGAUGGUUGAGUCUGGUUAAUUACUUGCAAAAACAUAUAUUGCUGACUUUUGAUUGGUUUGGAUUCAGCUAUAGCAAGCUUACUUAAUUUCCUGUGAGAGUUUUUUUUGUUAUGCAUGCUUGCGGUAACGAUGUAAUCCUAAACACAAUGCAGUCCUGAUUCUUUGAAAAAUUUAAACAACCAAAGAAAGUUAUGUUUCCAUAGCAUCAACAAAACAGGUUAGAGAAGUAACCAGCUCGUUCCCAGGUCAUUCGUCUUAGUCUUUUUCUGAUACAAAAAAAGGCCCUAAGAACGAGAUUAGCGUCGUACUUUUAUAAAGUCACUAAUGAAAAGUUCUGCUUUGCAUCUCAGUCU